GCUACUACAUGCAGUCUGUGUCACCAAUCAUCAUCUAUUAAAUCUAGAAACAGAAUGAAAAGUGCUACAGCUUUGCUGCUGACCCUUUGCCUGUCAGGGCCACUGGUUCAGGCAGAGACGGCUUUACAGUCUGACAUUAGUGCAGAGUUGGGAGCACUGAGGGCCACGGUGGAGGAGUUGAGGUUGAUGGAGGAUAGACUGGCAGUAAGCGAAAGCAAAGUGCAAGCUCAGGAGAAGUACAUUAAGGAUCUAAGAGCAGAGCUGGAUGUAACCAAGAUGGAGUUACUUCAGUACAAAGAGCAGGCAGAGGAGAUGGAGAAAAAGCAGACAGGGGGACCCAAAGUGGCUUUCUCUGUGGCUUUGACUGGAAGAGUGGGACCUUUCAACGUUGAAACCACACUGAUCUACCCAAAAAUCAUCACUAACAUCGGCAAUGCUUACAACACGUACACAGGUUUCUUCACAGCCCCCAUCAAUGGUGUCUACUUCUUCAGGUUUAAUGCCAUGGAUGGCCGGAAAAACAACCACAUGGGUGCAGCAUUGUACAAGAACAACCAAAGAGUGCUUCUAAACUAUGCCUGGAAUCAUUGGGACGACCAUGAGCAUGUUUCCAACGGAAUUGUCCUGGAGCUCUCUCAGGGAGAUGUAGUGCACAUGAGUCUUCCUGCGUGGUACAGUGUCACUGAUUUAGGUGAACAUUACUUCAACAUUUUCAGUGGUUUCCUUCUCUUUUCCAUGUGAGGAUAACAUGGCAGGACUGUAUUAGAGGCUGCAUGUUUCUUAACUGAAAAACAUCUCAACUCUGAUCAUUAAAUAUACCGUGCGUCACAUGUUUUCUUAACAAAGUAAAGCGCAAAUUACAAUAAAAUAAGCAUGCAUAAAAUA